AUGGAUGUUGUUGAUACUAUUGUGGGAAAAAUGUUAGAGCCAAUGAUAGAGCUUUUGUUCACAUCCACUCGGCGUCAAAUUGGUUAUGUGUUUCACUACAAACACAACAUCAAGAGUUUUGAAGUUGAAGUUGAGAAUCUCAGAGCUUGUAUGAAGAGGGUCCAAGACGAUGUCGAAAUGGCCAAGGACAAUGGGAUGGUAGUGGAGGAAGAUGUUUCGAAGUGGCUUGAGAAAGUAGAGAGGUCGUUGAUCACGUUUGAAGAAGUGACGAAGUUAUUGCAAGACAGACAAAACCUCUGUUGUCUUGAUGUUUGCUCGAGGCAUCAGCUAGGUAGGGAAGGAAAAAAGAAGAGUUUGGUUGUUACUGGCCUAAAAGAUGAAGGUAAGUUUGAGACACAUGCACGUACUCCUCAUCUCACUGGUAUUUGGAAUGUCUCCUCCACAAAUUUUGAGCAAUUUGAAUCCAGAAAUUCAGUUUUUAACAAGAUCAUGGAGGCGAUGAAAGAUGACAGUAAUUACAAAAUUGGAAUAUAUGGAAUGCCCGGUGUUGGAAAGACAACAAUGGUGGAAGAAGCUGGAAAACAAGCUGAAAAAGGCCUAUUUGAUGAGGUUGCAAUGGCAGUUUUCUCUCAGAAUCCGGAUCUGACGAAAAUCCAAGAAAAACUUGCAGAUUGUUUAAAUUUGGAACUAAAAAAAAAGAGUGAAGAAGGGAGAGCUGCUGAACUACGCAAUAGAUUGAAGAACGGGAGAAAAAUCCUUGUGAUAUUGGAUGACCUUUGGGGUGAUCAGAUCACACUGAAGAAAAUCGGAAUUCCAGAUGAUAUAGAUAAUAGCAAGGGUUGCAAGAUUUAUAUUGAUGAUUUGGUGAAGUAUGGAGUGGGAACAGGGUUUCUUCGAAGCUCGGAUACAAUGAAAAAGAAAAGAGAUAGAGCAAAAACGUUGGGUAAUAUCCUUAAGAAAUCUAAUUUAUUGUUGGAAGGUAAAGAUGAAAAUUCCGUCAAAAUGCAUGACGUAAUUCGGGAUGUUGCUAUUUCAAUUGCAUCAAAAGAUUCGAAUGUGUUUCUCGUAAAAGAUGUUGUCAAUGUUUGGCCCGAAAAAAAUGAUUAUAGACGUUGCACAGCAAUAUCAUUAAGGACUUCCCACAAUGUUAGUCGGCUUCCGGAUCAAUUAGUUUGCCGAGAACUACGCACCCUAGUGUUGGGAUGCAACACACCUGGUGGUUCACAAUUACUAGAACUCCCUAGUAACUUUUUUAAAUGGGUAGAAAAUCUGGAAGUUUUGGAUUUGUAUAGAAUAAAUCUAUUGCAAUCAUCACUUUCAAAUCUGGUUAAUCUUCGGAUGUUGCGUCUGCACUACUGUAAGUUGGUGGAUCUAUCUUUCCUCAAGAAUUUUAAAAUCCUUGAUAUCCUAAGUAUUGAUGAUGAUUUCCAACAUAAACUGAUGGUUGAUGAAGUAGUACAGUUAAAUCAUCUGCGUUCGUUGGAUUUAAGAAAAUGUAAUUGUGAGAUGGCUGAAAUAUUUCAGUCGGGCGUCCUAUCACAUCUAUCCGGCCUGGAGGAAUUGUACCUUCCGUUGAGAUUUGACACAUGGGGUGAUGAAGGCAAUGUAAGUAUUGCAGAGCUACAUUGUUUGAGUAGCUUAACCAGUUUACAUAUUCGUAUACCAAAACAUAUCAUCUUAUUGCCCAAGAAUGACCUUCCCAGCUUUCAAUCGUUGACAACAUUUCAUAUUUGGAUCGGGGAUUAUGAUGGGAGGUGCAAUCAUGAAUACACGAAAACAAAGAUCUUGGGACUCAAGAAUGUUCCUUGGAAAAUUGAGUUCAAUGUUUUGAUGAAGAAUGUUGAAGUACUAUUUUUGCUUAAUUCGGAAGGUGCAAAGAAGGUGCUUCACCACAUUGACGGAGAGUGGUUUUUAGACUUGGAGUCUCUUAAAGUUAAGAAUUGUCAUGACAUGGAAUAUCUACUAGGAAAACCUCAUACACCAUGCCCGUUGGGUUCUUUUGGUAAACUCAGCAUAUUAGAAGUUGGAAAAUGUAGAUCAAUCAAGUAUCUCUUUUCUCCUUCCACCGCAAGAUGUCUUUCAAAUCUGCAUAAUCUCACAAUUACAAAUUGUGAGAUGUUGGAAGAAAUAGUUGGAGGUGAUGAGGACGUCAUGGAUAAUGUUUUUUUUGGUCAGUUAAAGAAAUUGUGGUUAGUGAAUUUGCCGAAUAUCAGAAGCAUCUAUUCCGAUACGAAAAAGACAUCAACUACAGAGUGCAACCCUUCCACCAUUGAACAAGCUCUCUUUAAUGAAAAGAUUAAUUGUCCUGUCUUGGAGGUAUUGGACAUUCAAAAAUUGAAUAGCAUUAUAGCUAUAUGCGACAAUCAAUUACUCCCGGUUCAAGAAGCAAACACAAGUCAUGAGAUUACCAUGUUCACGAAGUUGAAGAUUUUGAGACUUGACGAGUUGCCAAGCUUGAAAAGUUUCUGCAAAAGUUGUGAUUCUGAAAAAGAAGAAAUAUCAGAGGAAGGCAUUUCCGAAAUACAAGCUCUCUUCAACUGCAAGGUUACUCUUCCUGUUUUGGAGAAAUUGUUCAUUAGAAAAUUAAAUAGCAUUACAGCUAUAUGGGACAAGCUAUUACUCCCCGUCCAAGAAGCAAAAAAUUCCUUUCAGUAUCUCCAAAUAUUAAAUGUAAGAGAUUGUGAGAAGAUGAAAAAGAUAAUCGGAUUCGAAAUAGGACAAGGAAAAGAAGCAGAAGCAAGUGAUGAGAUUGCCAUGUUCACUCAGUUGAAGUUAAUGGCACUUGAAGAGUUGCCAAGCUUGAAAAGUUUUUGCUACUGUGGUUCUGAAGUAGAAAAAACAUCGGAAGAAGGCAUUCCCCAAAUACGAACUCUAUUGAACUGCAAGGCUCAUGCAUGA